GACUCAAUCAAGCUCGUGCCGGACUUUGACUGCUCGGCCAUUCUAGCGGGGUCGCCAUCUGUAUAAGUGCCUGGGCUGGUUUCGCGGCGUUUUGUCUCAACAUUGACUCCAUGGAUCUGUCCAACUGGCACAUCGUCGUUGCUUGUAUCCUUGUGGUGCUGUUGUACAUUGUAUACAACGACAGGAAGCUCUUAGCUUUGCCUGAGGAGGCGCGCAUACAUUCACCAACUCGGAUAACAGCGCAGUCUGCGCUUGAAGCAGCCAAGGAUCUCGUCGAUGAUCCCGUUCGGAUUGAGCAUUAUCUCCCCCCUGCCACUGGUCGAAGAUACAUUGUCAUAGGAGGGGCUGGCUUCCUAGGAGGAUGGAUUGUUCGGCACCUCAUUGAACGCGGCGAGGAUCCACACAAGAUCCGUGUCCUAGAUAUCAGGGCGCCCACCCGGCCGGACCUAAUCAGCGGCGCCGCUACCCUGGUGGACUUUUACCAGGUCGACAUUUCCAACGCCGAAUCCGUUAAGCGUGCCUUCUCCGCACCGUGGCCCGAGCAUGCCUUGGACGCUCCUCUAACGGUCUUCCACUCUGCCGCCAACAUCCGCUUCUACGAGCGCUCGCCAGAGCUCUUUUCGCUGUCCGCUGCUGUCAACGUUAGAGGCACCCAGAACAUCAUCGACGCAGCUCGACAGUGCGACGCUUCUAUCCUGGUGUAUACUUCGUCUGGUUCCAUCACGUUUCACACCACGCGAUGCCUGCUCUGGCCAUGGGAGAAACAACCGGAGCGCGUCGUUCAGCUUCUGGACGACAAGUCGCCCAUUCCUUUGAAACAUGAAGAGUUUUUCUCUAACUACGCGGCGUCAAAAACCAUCGCUGAAGGACUUGUGCGCUCCGCGGACAAAACUCCGUCGGGAACGGGCGUUCUCCGAACAGGAUGUAUCAGACCUGGAAAUGGAAUCUAUGGCACGGGCGGCGAUGCACUUUGCGGCGCACUCCUCGUUCGCAAAUCAAAUCAGACAUGGAUGGGCAACGUUUUGCACAGUUUCGUUUACGUCGAGAACUGCUCCUUGGCCCAUUUGAACUACGAGAGGUGUCUCAUCGAAAUCGAGAAGGCGAGCCAACGGGGAAGCGGCAACGACGAACACAAGAGCGACGUGACCGACAUAGGCGGGGACGCGUUCACGAUUUGCGACAGUGGGCCGGCUGUGACUUACGGCGAUGUCUACACCCUGCUUCAAACGCUCACGGCCGGCACAACCACUUUCACCACUGUCUCUCCGACCGCCAUGCUCCUCCUCGCCCACCUCGUCGAAUUCUAUUACUUGCUUCGCCAUCGCUUGAUCAAAUCGACAUCGGCUGUUUCCCGCCUUGCUGGCCGGUGCCUCCCAUCAGUGAAAGGGGACAUCCUCGGCCUACAACCUUCCGCAUUCCCCUUUACCCUCUCGCAUCUCAUAUUCUCUGAUUCUCGUGCUCGCCUUCCGCUGUCCUCCGGUGGGCUUGGCUAUAGAGGGCCCUACACGACUUCGAAAGGUCUAUGCAAGCUGGUGGAAGAGUACGAGAGGUCAGGGCGGAGGGCGGAGGAACGAAGUUUAACGCUGGGACUGGGGAUGGAUGUUGCACCACGUGCCACCCUCGCGGCUGAUCUCGGGGGAAAGGUAAAGAGGAUCGGACAGAGCCUUGCCGAAGAGGCAGUCGGACUCGCGAACUAAUGCCGAACAGCAUGUUUUUGUACACAUUUGCUUGUUUGCUAUGAUUGUUUCAUCAUACUUGUUGUACGGAUACUGCAUAGUAUCAGGAGCUAUAGGUUAUUAAUCAGUGACAUCGAUAGCAUUAUCUCUACGAUAUGCCCAGUCCGCUUUCAGCAACUCCACUCCAAUGGCCUGAGCAAGCGGCCAAGGUACCGCAUUCCCGAUCUGGCGAUGUAUCAUCUUCACGCCCGCGGGACCUGUUCUGAUAUCCGUGGGCGCUUCUGUUUCCUUGCCCUUUUCGGUUGGCGCUGGAAAGCCAUCUGCAACGAAGAAGAAUUUAUCCGGGAAGCCUUGGGAUCGUGCGAGUUCCCGGACAGUCAGCAUGCGGCGACAGAAAGGGUGUAAGACUGCACUCUGCUUGGCUGUCGGGCCGAUGUUUGUUACUGUUGUGUGGAAAUGGCCAUCCUUACUCAAAUGCUUGAAUGGCCCGGAUAUAAGUCCUUUACGAACCACGGAGGAACCCGGCCCAGCAAUCUCAUGCGACCACAACUCCUGGCCCAGUGAUCGAUAGUCGCCGUCCAGAUUCGUUGCAAACACCCUCUCGGCCGUUUCUCGUGACAAAGGCACUGUAAUAUGUUGAAGCUCGAGGGCAGCUUCUCUUCGGCACUGGGCUUGGUACCAGGUCUCGGGCUCGCGUCCGUACUCAGUUUCCGUAGGGCCCCAGCGAUCGCUAUCGUCGUCACAUACAAACGAAUCGACAAUGCGACCUUGCUCUUCAUCCUUGUUCCUCACAACCUGGCCAGUUUCGGAGUCCGGAAUGUGGUAAUCCCAUAUAGAUAGGUCGCCGAUGGCAUCUUCCACCGUCACUGCGUGGAAUGGAACCCGUCCAUUAGCGGUAAACCUGACCUUUUCAUCAUCAUGCAGGUGUAUACAGUAGCCAGUGCUCGGGAACACAUGGCUCAUCUCAGGGAGACGUGGCAAGCACAGCCCAGAGCGAGCAGCG